GCGUCAGUGUUGAGGCCAAGGAAGUAAAGACCGCAUUUCGGUGGGGGGCGGUUAGAACUUUCAAGUUUUUGAAACCCUAGGACUUGGUUGUUGUCUGUCGGAGUUACACAAGACUAUUCUCAUUUCUCAAUCAUGGAGUUUUCUCAGGAGGACUUCGAUCGGCUCCUUCUUUCCGAGCACACCCGCCAAACUGCCGAAGCCAACUACGUCAAGAACCCCCUUGACGCCGAUAAUCUGACAAAAUGGGGAGGAGCGUUGCUUGAAUUAUCACAACUUCAAAAUGUUUCCGAUUCGAAGAAGAUGAUUAGUGAGGCCAUUGCGAAGUUGGAGGAGGCUCUGCUUAUCGAUCCAGUGAAGCAUGAUGCUCUGUGGUGCCUGGGAAAUGCCCACACCUCCCAAGCAUUUCUCACUCCUGACGUUGAUGACGCAAAGGUAGCUUUUGAUAAGGCACGUGACUGUUUCCAAAAGGCAGUAGACGAGGAUCCAUCUAAUGAGCUCUAUCGCAAGUCCUUAGAAGUCACAGAUAAGGCACCAGAGUUGCACAUGGAGAUCCACAAGCAUGGGCUUGGUCAACAGACUAUGGGUGGGGCAUCUUCUGCUUCUGCUUCUGCUUCUGUUAAUGAAAAGGGUUCAAAGAAGAAGAGUAGUGAUCUCAAAUAUGACAUAUUUGGAUGGAUUAUCCUGGCAGUUGGAAUUGUUGCGUGGGUGGGAAUGGCGAAAUCCCACAUUCCUCCACCUCCUCCAAGAUAAGCCUUUUGCUCAUGUUCAAGGCAACCUUGCCGGUACAAGCUGGAAGUUUCAAAUUCGGGUUGAUAGAUUCAACAGUCUGGAGAUGUAGUGAAUUCAGUAAUUCAUGGGGUGUGCUAUCCACAUUCUGAUUUUGACUCAUAGUGUAUCACUCCUGCCGAUUUCGUUAGGCAGAUUCUCUCUCAUUUUUUGUUUUGUAGUUUGUAUCUCGAGCUAUUUUAAUUUCGAUCAUCCUCGGUACACUCCUGAAAAGGGGAGGGGGGUGGUUUGAUUAGUGAUUCAUAUUUUUUGGCUUUACAAGGAUAUGAUACAAGUACUUGCCAUAAAAA